AUGCAUGCCGGAGAUGCCAGACAUGCCAGGUCAGAGUCAGCAGUGAGCUCUUUCAAUACUCCUCCACACGUGCCGGAGAUCGAGUCCUUGCACGAUUCUGCUUCGCGGCCAGCGGUCUUUAUUCAAUGGCAGGCGGAUGCAAAGUUCUUUCUCAGCACGGAACGUGCUCUGCUGCAAAGUUCCACUUCUCGUCUGAUGCUACAACAUUUUCUUCACGUCACAUGCAUCCAGUUGGCUGCGAAACCAUUGAGGAGCAAUCCGUUCUUAACUCACGUGAUGCCAAUUGCCUGCUGUGACGACCUGCUGAUGCACGCUGUUCUGGCAUUGAGUGGCAGCCAUAUCGGUUUCCAGAACUCCGGAUCACCCGACAUUCGGAAGCAAACUGAGCAACACUACUCCUUCGUUAUCAGCAGUUUACGCCACGAAUUCAGCCAUUUGUCCUCUUUGCAUCGUGCGAAGAAUUUGCGGCUCUUACUGGUCUUGAUGGUUCUCUGCCAUGUUGAGGUGGGUAAGGUCACUCCUCGACAUGAUAAACAUUCGCUAAGUCUCACAAAGAUAGUGUCGGAUGUAUGUGAGGGUGCCAUGUUUGCGCACUUGCGUGCAAGUCGGUUUCUCAUUCUCAAACUGCGUCAACAGCCAGAUGUGUCCGAGACUGCCGAAGACAGAGAGAUCCGUGGCUUCGUGCUCGAGGUCUACGCGUACCUAGUGUCGGUAGCCCACAUCACGCCCUAUGGGACUCUCGGAAGUUCUACCUUACCGGUAGACGACUUCGUUACGUCGUUGGGACCUUUGCAUGAGUUCAAUGUCUUUGGGUCGCUUCUUGGGUGCGGUUCUGCUCUCUUUGAGAAAAUCCCCCUUAUCGCACAGCUCUACCGCCAGCGUCUCGAAGAACGCUCUACGGGACAGACCGGGCACGACUCUCUCGCCAGGUGCAAUGAAUUACUGGCCAGCUUAAAGGCCUGGAAAUCGCCGCCCUUGAUGCCAGACAUGGCAGGGUUUCAAGCCGAUCAUGACAGCACGGGUGAGAUGUAUCGCCAGGCAUUGCUGAUUUACCUGGAAUUGGCUAUACAUGGUUCGCCAGUGGUUCACCCUAAGCUCAUAUACCAGAUCCAAAAUCACAUCGACACUAUUCUUUCUCUUCGGUCGAAUAUGGCCUCCUCGCCCUAUGAAUCUGUCCUUAUGUGGCCAGCAAUGAUGGUAGGAUCUUGUCUCAUAAAGGAGGACCAGCGCCAGUACACGCUCAAUGAGUGGCUCGUACUUCAUUGCCGCAUGAAUCACUUUAAGCAAGCUAUCACCCUGCUCAAGCUCCUGUGGGAGGAUGAGGACGAAGCAGCUUAUGGGCCUCUGGGUCUCCAUCUCAUGAUGCACAAGCAUUCCAUUAAGCUAUGCAUGGCAUGA